AUGGCCGCGCCCAUUCGCUCCGCUAUAAGCCGUUCCGGCCGGCCCUCUGCCGCAUCACUUCGCCGGCUUUCCAGCGCCCAUCCUGUAAAGGCCCAGGUCAAGCCCAUAUCCGUCCGGGAGCCUUCUACGCCUUCAGAUGUUACCAUCCUUGAGACCUCAGUGAGGCGAGCUGCUUUGUCGAGGACCUAUUUCGAUGCGACGGGCGUACGGUGGGUUGGAGCCGGCGAUGACGGGCCAAAGGACCCAAACAAGGCCAAGCUGGGCAAGACUCUAAGAAUCCUCCAAGAACGACUACCGACCCUCCUCCUCCAUCCUCUCCCCCACGAUCUCCUCGCGCCCAACAUCUGCCUCCACCUAUUCCCCUCGACACACCCGCACCUACCCACCGUCUCAGGCCGCGUCGCAUACAAUGCCGCCCUCUGGACGUCGCCCAUAGCCUGGAACCGCGUUCCCAUCAUUGGCAACGUCCGCAUCGAGAUCCUCGCCGAGCGCAUGACCUCAGAGCCCCUCACCUUCCUACCCCGCCGUCCGGGAGCCAUCCCUGAACAACUCGUCGUUCGCUGGUGCGAGAAGCGCAAGGAGCCCAGGUCCGCCAGCGAUGCCAGCAUCCUUGCGCGGUCGUUGCCCUUUGGCCGUGGCGUUGACCCAGACAAGGCCUUUACCGGGCUGUUUGUGUUUGACUUUGACGCCGAGGGCAGGAUACUGAGCCACACGAUCGAGCAAGCACAAGCGGGCGGCGAUUGGGAGGGCGGCGUCGGCGCAAAGGUCGUAGGCCUAACGGACUGGCUUCUCGGCGGCCUCAAGAAUCCCGACGACACACCUAUACCCAUGUUUGAGCGUCUACGAAGGCGAAGGUCCAUCUAG